UUACGAAAAAUUCAAAGUCUUUGUCUUCGGAAUUUCCAAUACCUCUCUACUAUACAAACACCCCUUCCAUUUUUCCAUAUUCACCGGACUGCAGCCGCGGUCGAUCACCACACAUCUAGCUACUAUGUCUACUCCAGGGCAAUACUAUCAAGACUUACCACCUGUAGCCAAGGCUUAUGGCGUUCUCUGUUUAAUGACCUCGGGCGCCUACCAUCUCGAUCUUUAUAAUCUUGGAAAUAUAGCACUGUUCUAUGGACCUGUUAUAAAACGUUUUCAGGUUUGGAGGCUCGUUACAAACUUCUUCUUCCUCGGACCAUUCUCGCUCACAUUUGCGUUUCGCCUUCUUUUAAUAGCAAGGCAUGGAGUCCAGUUAGAAAGGGGACCCUUUGACAAGAGGACAGCAGAUUAUCUAUGGAUGUACAUCUUUGGUGCAUUCUCCCUGCUGGUGAUGGCACUUAUUCCGUUCCUAUCCACUCCCUUCAUGGGAGCUUCUUUGGUCUUCAUGAUCGUCUAUGUUUGGGGCCGUGAGUUCCCAAAUGAGCGCUUGAAUAUACACGGCCUCUUUCAGCUGAAGGGUUUCUACCUCCCGUGGUACAUGCUCGGAGUAGAUUUGAUCCUCGGAAAUCCACUGAUGCCAGAUCUACUUGGCAUGGCUGCUGGACAUCUCUAUUACUUCUUGACUGUGCUUUAUCCUCUUUCCGGCGGGAGAUUUGACUUGAAGACUCCCCACUGGGUUCACAAGCUGGUUGCUUUUUGGGGCGUGGGGUACCAACAAAAUGCUCCGGUGACGAGGAAUACUGCUGCCGACGUUGCUUUCCAGGGGAGAAGCCGCCGCUUGGGUGGGACCCGAACAAGCGCCUCAACGCAGGCACAACCAAGCAGUUCAGAACAGGUGCAACAAAAUGCAGUGGCACAGCCAAACCAAGCCAAUGACGGAGUGGCUUUCCGCGGGAGAAGUUAUCGUCUUGAUGGUCGCCAGUAGACAGUGGCUCUUUCCAUUGAUUAACGGCGUGAUAACGCUUCUUAUCAGGCCGAUGUACUUCGGCAAGAAAGAACACAAAUGUGGUAGUAGUAAUGGUGAAAGUUUGGAACACAAAAGCUAUAAGAUGCACUGAAUAAUGUGUUGGGCAAUAUUUGAAGGAAUUUUCUGCUUCUCUGUGA